CGGACAUGUUGGUCAGGCAGUGGGAGAAAAUCGGGCAUAGUCUAUUUUUCGAAAAAUAACAGAUCCAAAGCCGAUGUAUCUAUGUAGAACCAGCACGAUUUCCGUCUGUAUCGGUCAACAUCAAUGGCCGAUGACCAUGUGAGGUUUACUAUGAAAGGACAGUAAUGAAAUGUUUUAACAAGACCGUGUUUUAAACUGAUCGAAAUUUGGAAGCAAAGUUUUUUUUUUUUUCUCCACUUCUACUUUGCAGCUGUCAGACUCUUGACUUUUUUUGCAAGGGUCUGACUGGCACUGAUGGACAGGCCUGGAGUAAUGUGGCUAGUUUGCAACCUAUCGCCGGAUUUAAAAAAAACGGUUUAAUUUUUAUAAGUUGAUUUUGGAUGUAUCGUUAUCUUUUAAAGUCCUGCACAACUCCGCUGCUGCAUCCUGUGGUCGCCGACUAAUCUGUCGUCGAUGCAGUUAUCUUAUUUUGAAUUGUUGAAGUUGUCUUCGUUAUCUGAGCUGGGGAAACAUUUUUCUCUUAAAAUGUGGCUUUUGAAUAUCAAACGUUUCAUCGUCUGUGAAAAAACGAGAAGGAACACGUUUCUUUGAUUCAAACUACGGGUUCUACGGAAUUGUAGCUAGCUAGCUAAACACUGACUGAGUUCACGCGAAGGGAAGAACAUUAGGCUAGCUAACUAGCCCUAUAGCUAGAUUAAUUAAUUUUAAUUAUAACACCGGCGUAGAACUCUACUUAACUGCAACAAUGUCUGCUGGAGAAAGUUUGGAGGCUCGUUUUGAGAAAAUCGAUGCCAUGUUGAAGGACCCGAAGUCGGAAAUUAACACGGAUUGCCUUUUGGAUGGCUUGGACGCGUUGGUGUACGACCUUGACUUUCCAGCCCUGAGAAAAAACAAAAGCAUCGACAACUUCUUGAAUAGAUAUAAGGACACAAUCAGUAAGAUCCGGGACCUGCGGAUGAAAGCAGAGGACUAUGAGGUGGUCAAGGUUAUCGGGAGGGGGGCGUUUGGAGAAGUGCAGUUGGUAAGACACAAAGCCACGAUGAAGGUGUAUGCCAUGAAGCUGCUUAGCAAGUUUGAGAUGAUAAAGAGGUCAGACUCUGCUUUCUUCUGGGAGGAGAGGGACAUCAUGGCCUUUGCCAACAGCGCCCUGGUGGUGCAGCUGUUUUAUGCGUUCCAGGACGACCGUUACCUCUACAUGGUGAUGGAGUACAUGCCCGGCGGAGACCUGGUCAACUUGAUGAGCAACUAUGACGUCCCUGAGAAGUGGGCCCGCUUUUACACCGCCGAGGUGGUGCUGGCUCUGGACGGAAUCCACGCCAUGGGAUUCAUACACAGGGACGUGAAGCCUGAUAACAUGUUGCUAGACAAAGCAGGCCACUUGAAGUUGGCAGACUUUGGGACCUGUAUGAAAAUGAACAAGGAUGGUAUGGUCCGAUGCGACACAGCAGUGGGAACGCCAGACUACAUUUCGCCAGAGGUACUAAAAUCCCAGGGAGGAGAUGGAUAUUACGGCCGGGAGUGUGACUGGUGGUCCGUGGGAGUCUUCCUAUAUGAGAUGCUUGUUGGUGACACACCGUUCUACGCUGACUCGUUGGUGGGGACGUACAGUAAGAUCAUGAACCACAAGAACGCACUAACCUUCCCUGAAGACAGCGACAUCUCCAAGGACGCCAAGAACCUCAUCUGUGCCUUCCUGACUGACAGGGAGGUGCGACUGGGCCGUAACGGGGUGGAUGAGAUCAAGAGGCAUCCUUUCUUCAAGAACGACCAGUGGACAUGGGAGAACAUCCGAGAGACGGCGGCCCCGGUAGUGCCUGAGCUGAGCAGUGACAUCGACACCAGUAACUUUGACGAAAUUGAGGAGGACCGGGGAGAUGAGGAGACCUUCCCCAUACCGAAGGCCUUUGUGGGCAACCAGCUGCCCUUUGUGGGGUUCACCUACUAUAGCAGUCACCAGUUCUCCCGGAGCACCAGCACCAAGAGUGUUGACAAACGCAGCAGCUCCACCAAGGAGGACAAGAGCCAUCUGGAGAACCUGCAGAAGAGGAUCUACCAGCUGGAGGAGCACCUACACAGUGAGAUGCAGCUAAAGGAUGAGAUGGAGCAAAAGUGCAGGACGACAAACACAAAACUCGACAAGAUCAUGAAAGAGCUUGACGAGGAAGCCAACGUGAGGAAGGGUGUGGAGGCCAGUAUGUCCCUCCUGGAGAAAGACAAGAUGAUGAUCCAGCACCGAGCCACAGAGUACCAAAGAAAGGUUGACCAGGAGGCCGAGAAGAGACGCAACAUGGAGAACGAGGUGUCCACUCUGAAAGAGCAGCUUGAGGUCAUGAGGAAAAUCAGCCAAAACUCUCAGGCCUCAAAUGACAAGAUCCUACAACUGCAGAAGCAGCUGGAGGAGGCCAAUGACCUGCUGAGGGUGGAGUCAGACACGGCAGCGCGGCUGAGGAAGAGCCACACGGAGAUGGCCAAGUCCAUGAGCCAGCUGGAGGGGCUGACCAGCGAGCUGCAGGAGAAGAGCCGCUCGGCAGACGGGGGGAGGGCCCAGCUGGAGAAAGAGCUGCUGCAGCUGCAGAGCACCCUGGACUCUGAGAGGAGGAGCUACAGUAAGGGAUCAGAGGAGAUCCAUGAGCUACAAGCGCGAAUGAUGGGUCUUCAACAGGACAAUAAGAACUUGAAGCUCAGCCUGUCUAAAGUGGAGACGGAACGCAAGCAGGCCCAGGAGAGGAGCAACAACCUGGAGAAGGAUAAGAACAACCUGGAGAUCGACCUGAACUACAAGUUAAAGACACUGCAGCAGCGUCUGGACCAGGAGCACACAGAACACAGGGUGACGCGGGCCCAGCUCACUGACAAAUACGAGUCCAUUGAGGAGGCCAAGUCAGCCGCCAUGCAUGCGGUGCAGCACAAGGUGUCUGAGGAGAGCGGGGCGCGGAUGCGAGCGGAGAGCAGGGUGGUGGAGGUAGAGAAGCAGUGCUCCAUGCUGGAGUUUGACCUCAAGCAGUCGGUGCAGAAGAUGGAGCAGCUGAUGAAGCAGAAGGAGAGGCUUGAGGACGAGGUGCAGGGUCUGCGGAUCCAUCUGGAGCAGGAGUCCAGUAAGAGGCUGCUAGCCCAGAACGAGCUCAAGAGCCGCUCCCAGGAGGCGGACCGGCUGAAGGGCUCGGAGAAGCAGCUGAAGCAGGAGAUCAACACGGCACUAGAGAGCAAGCGCUCUCUCGAGUUCCAGCUAGCACAGCUCACCAAGCAAUACAGGGGCAACGAGGGACAGAUGAGGGAACUUCAGGACCAGCUUGAGGCCGAACAGUAUUUCUCAACGCUUUAUAAAACUCAGGUGAAGGAACUGAAGGAAGAGAUCGAGGAGAGGAACCGGCAGGUCCAGGAAACUCAUAAGAAGGUGCAUGAGCUGCACAGCGAAAGGGACUCCCUGUCAGCCCAGCUGGAUCUGACAGUGACCAAGGCGGAGUCAGAACAGCUGGCCAGGGCGCUCCAGGAGGAGCAGUACUUUGAGCUGAGCCAGGAGAACAAAAAGGCCAUGGCCAGACACAAGCAGGAGGGUUCCGAGAGGGAUUCAACCAUUGCACGGCUUGAGGAAUCCAACAAAACCCUGACCAAAGACGUGGAGAACCUCAGCAAGGAGAAGGCCGAGCUGGACCACAAGCUUCGCACUCAGGAGGAAGAGUAUGACUCCCAGAAAGAGGAGAUUAUAAACACAAUCAAGGCCAGCUAUGAGAAGGUUCUCAGCACAGAGCGCACGCUCAAGACUCAGGCGGUGAACAAACUGGCAGAGAUCAUGAACAGGAAGGACAUGAAGCUUGACACCAAGAAGAAGGGGAGCACGACCGACCUGAGGAAGAAGGAGAAGGAGAACCGCAAGCUGCAGGUGGAUCUCAACCAGGAGAAGGACAAGUUCAACCACAUGGCCAUCAAGUACCAGAAGGAGCUCAGCGAGAUGCAGGCGCAACUGUCGGAGGAGUGCACGUACCGCAACGAGCUGCAGAUGCAGCUGGACAGCAAGGAGAGUGACAUUGAGCAGCUCAGGGAGAAGCUCAACGACCUGCAGCUGCGCAUGGACAACUCCAGCGUCAUCAGCCUGCAGACGGAUGAAACAGACAGCAACAUCGCUGAAUCCAGACUGGAAGGUUGGCUGUCCAUUCCUAAUAAACCUAAUAUCAAACGAUAUGGCUGGAAGAAGCAGUAUGUGGUGGUGAGCAGCAAGAAGAUUCUGUUCUACAACGAUGAACAGGACAAAGAACAGUCCAACCCCUCCAUGGUACUAGAUAUCGACAAACUGUUCCACGUGCGUCCAGUUACCCAGGGUGAUGUGUACCGAGCAGAGACGGAGGAGAUCCCAAGGAUAUUCCAGAUCCUGUAUGCCAACGAGGGGGAGUGCAGGAAGGAGGCGGACAUGGAGACUGUCUCGCAAGGGGACAAGACCAACUGUCUGCCCCACAAAGGUCACGAGUUCAUCCCCACGCUCUACCACUUCCCUUCCAACUGCGAAGCCUGCUCCAAGCCCUUGUGGAACGUCUUCAAGCCUCCACACGCCUUGGAGUGCCGCCGCUGCCACGUCAAGUGCCACAGGGACCACCUCGACAAGAAGGAGGACGUCAUCGCCCCCUGCAAAGUGAACUACGAUGUGACCUCUGCCCGGGACAUGCUCCUGCUGGCCUUGACCCAAGACGAGCAGAAGAAAUGGAUCGGCCACCUGGGCAAGAAGAUCCCCAAAACACCGCCCUCCUCCUUCCUGAGGGCGUCGCCCCGCACCCUGUCCACCCGCUCCGGAACCAACCAGUCCUUUCGCAAGAACCCCAAAAGCAUAACGGGCAAGCCAAGCUAACCAUCUGAACGUUUGGAUUCUAUUGGGACUUUGUAUUUUUUCUUAUCUCCUCCAUUAUCCCUCACGUUAAAGGAGAAUCCCUAUUUUAUGUAACAGUAAAUUAAAGCAAUCUGACCAGGGCCGGAAAUUGGGACAAUUAUCUGACACAAGGAUUCAGGGACAUUGAGAAGGCCUGCUAUUUCCCUCACCCCCUCCUCCCCUAUCCUCACCCCGGAGCCUCAACUAAGACUUCCUCACCCAGCCACCGCAUACUUGCAACUCUUCGUUUCUUCCAGAAGAUGGCGUGGGCGACUUGGAACCUGAAUGGAAGAUGGAGAACAAUAGAAAAAGGCUCAUGGUAUGCAGUGGGUAGUACUUAUUCCAUAUCAGUCAUGUGAAGGGAUUCCGGUUGAAUGAAUGACUGCGGGUUUUUCUGGGGCUCUUGCAUGUCAACAUGGAGGUAUUGUAGUACAGGGAUUGGCUUAACUAUGCGGUGAAUGGGUACAUCUCGGGGAUACGGAAAUGUGGUUGUUUUUUCUUCCCUUGUCAGUAACUCUGUUUCCUUCAAAAUGUACUUUGAUGCCUUUGACUGGUGGCCUUUAUGCUUCUAUCCCCUAUUACUCUGCACAUCAGUUAUAUCAGGGGUCGGUUGGGUCGGAGUAUGUAUUGGGAAGUGAGUAUUAGAUGUUUUUGAGUAUUGAGUGAGGAGCAUGCAAGAUCAUAAUUUAAAUCUAUGCAUUAUUAUUUUUAUUAUAAUUAUUGCUCCAAGCCAUAAGGAAAUUCCAUUGUAAUGGCAUAUAGGAGACUUAAAAACUAUAGUUUUUUUUGUUCUGUGUUCAUUGGGUACAUUGUUUUCUGUAAUAUUGUUUUUUUUUCUUGUAUUUUUUGUAUGUAUUGCCUUAAAUUGACUCAUAGAUAAAUGGUUCAAAAGGAAAACAUUAAGUUAACAAAUGUAAAACUGCACUGUUUGAAUUGUAAAUUAUUUGUAGAAAACUAAACAGGUGUAGCAUUUGGCCCACCUAGUGCCUUAACGUUUGGAUAACAAUUUUACUGCCAUAUCUGUUUGUGUUUAUCUCCAAAAACAAGACCAAUCUUAACUCUUCCAUCAAUCUUUUUAAAAUAUCUGCCACACUGGUUUUAUCAGAACGUUCCGUCUGGUUUGGGUAUAUUGAAUGCCUCUUUAUAGACUCAUUGCAAUAGUUUAAUGUGUCAACACAAAGUUCCCAGAGUCCAGUAUGUAUCUCACGAAAGUUUCUGGAUGGUGUACCUUGUUAAAGAUUUUGUUAUAUUAAUAUGGUAUCGUUUCAAGCAAACCCCACUCAGUGUACAAUAUUAGAAAUAAAAUAAGGAUCAUGAAUACCUCAAUUAUUCUAAAUGUUUUUUAAAAACUUUGUUCAGUAAAAAGAGAAAAGCACUGGAACUAAGAUCUACUCUAUUUUGUCUUGGAUGAAUCGCAUGUUUAAUUGCAAUGGAGGCCGCACUGAUGGAUAGGUGUCAAUAAACAUAUCUUUAUCA